CAUGCUCAGACAGCCCGGUUCAACUGUGUCUCCUCACCUUCAGCCAUCUUAACCAUGUUGGGAUCUGUGGGACGCUGCUGCAGCGGGGCUCUGCAGGCUUUAAAGCCUGGAGUCAACUCUCUGAAGACCCUCAGUGGGAGACAUGCGGCUCUUUAUACGAGCCGGGGUUACGCUACCCCAGCUGCUCAGGCAGCACUGGCCAAUGGCCGCAUCGUGGCUGUGAUUGGUGCUGUGGUGGACGUCCAGUUCGAUGAAGGCCUGCCUCCCAUCCUCAAUGCCCUGGAGGUGGUGGGCCGUGACAGCAGGCUGGUGCUGGAGGUGGCACAGCACCUGGGUGAAAACACAGUCAGGACGAUUGCCAUGGAUGGUACUGAGGGUCUGGUCCGUGGUCAGCAGGUUCUGGACACUGGAGCCCCCAUCAGGAUCCCUGUCGGCCCUGAGACUUUGGGCAGGAUCAUGAAUGUCAUUGGAGAGCCCAUUGAUGAGAGGGGUCCGAUUACUACCAAACAGACUGCUCCUAUUCACGCUGAAGCCCCUGAGUUCACCGACAUGAGUGUGGAUCAGGAGAUCCUGGUGACCGGCAUCAAAGUGGUAGAUCUGCUGGCACCCUAUGCCAAGGGUGGAAAGAUCGGUCUGUUUGGUGGUGCUGGUGUUGGCAAGACUGUGUUGAUUAUGGAGCUGAUCAACAAUGUGGCCAAGGCUCACGGUGGUUACUCCGUGUUCGCCGGAGUGGGAGAGAGAACCCGUGAGGGAAAUGACUUGUACCAUGAGAUGAUUGAGUCUGGAGUGAUUAACCUGAAGGACACCACCUCAAAGGUGGCACUGGUGUACGGUCAGAUGAAUGAACCUCCAGGUGCUCGUGCUAGAGUUGCUCUGACGGGUCUGACUGUUGCUGAAUACUUCCGAGAUCAGGAGGGACAGGAUGUGCUUCUCUUCAUUGACAACAUCUUUAGGUUCACCCAGGCUGGAUCGGAGGUGUCUGCCCUGUUGGGUCGUAUCCCUUCUGCCGUGGGUUACCAGCCCACCUUGGCCACUGAUAUGGGAACAAUGCAGGAGAGAAUUACCACUACCAAGAAGGGCUCCAUCACCUCAGUACAAGCUAUCUACGUGCCUGCUGAUGAUUUGACUGAUCCUGCUCCGGCCACAACUUUCGCUCACUUAGAUGCAACAACUGUGCUGUCUCGUGCUAUCGCUGAGCUUGGUAUCUAUCCAGCUGUGGAUCCUCUCGAUUCCACCUCCCGUAUCAUGGACCCCAAUAUCGUUGGGGCUGAACACUACGAUGUUGCUCGUGGUGUGCAGAAGAUCCUCCAGGACUACAAAUCAUUGCAGGAUAUUAUUGCUAUCCUCGGUAUGGAUGAACUGUCUGAGGAAGACAGGCUGACUGUAGCUCGUGCUCGCAAGAUCCAGCGUUUCCUGUCUCAGCCCUUCCAGGUAGCAGAAGUCUUUACAGGUCAUUUGGGCAAGUUGGUUCCUCUCAAGGAAACAAUCAAAGGCUUUAAGAGCAUCCUUGGAGGUGAAUAUGAUGCCUUGCCAGAGCAGGCUUUCUACAUGGUGGGUCCAAUUGAAGAAGUUGUUGAAAAGGCUGAGAAACUGGCAGAGGAACAUUCAUAAAUCAUUUGUCUAUAAGAAAGACACAGUAAUUUGUCCUUCUCGUUGGUGAGAUUCGUCAAGCUUUCUCUGAUGUUGGUUUCCUUCAAAGCAAGCUGUUCUUCGGCCUCCUGUAGCUUCUGCUUCAAGUCUGGUUGUGAGGGAAAAAGGUCACAAGUUUAAAAGAGCCUGUAUGUUGUAGCUAUUUGGAGAAUCAAUGUGCCAUUUCCACAUACCUUUGCAUAUUUCUACACCUUCUCUGUGCUGUUGUUGAGCAUCAUGCAACUGACUGAGCAAUGAUCUUUCCUUGGCUUUAUGCUGAGUUGCUUGUUCCAGGAAUUUUGAUUCACAUCCAGCUAAUUUCUCUCUUAAACAUUGAGAGAAAAUGCAGCUUUAAAUUAUCAGUAUGACAAAAAUGUUGAAUAAUGUACAAAUACUGAUGCAAUUGCUUGCUGCUUUAAGUUAUGAUUUUCAUUACUGAUAUAUAUUUUGAUUAUCUUUUCAAUACUCUACAAAAUGGUAAAAAGAAAAGGUAUUCUAUUAACAGUUGCAUAUAACACAAACAGUUAAUCACAUUUCAGAGGCUUGAACCAAUUACUUUCGUAGUUCAGUUUGACACAACAAUGGAUGAUCAACACAACUGGUAAAGAAGUUUGAAAAUUUACCGAUAUUCGUUUUCUUUUUUUGUGUAUUUCUCCGUCAGCAGUUUGAUGUCUUGCAUUAGUUUUUGAACAUGCACUUCUUUAUCGUGUAACUUUUGGGAGAAAAGUGUCUGAUUUUCUUUCUGCAGCUGUUCAUUUUCCAGCUUCAGCUGGACAUUCUUUUUUUUGUGCUCCUCCAUGAAUUCAAUAAUUCCUUGACUGCAGGCAACUAAAUCCCUAAAGCUUU